CAGCCCAACAGUGAUAGGAAGAGAAGCGGAGAGCCUCCUGCAGGAAAACCAUUCUGCAGACAACCCCUCCGCUGUUAUCUGGCUGUAUAUGAUGUUUUCACUGCGCUUCAAGACGAAUACCUUUAAAUAGUGCGCAUUUCUCUUAGAAAGAAUGAACACGAUGACCCGAUGUCUCCCAGGAUGAAAAGCCCACCCCCCUCCCUCGGGUAAGCAGACAUGUUGGAUAAAAGCAGUGAUGAAGGACAACAGGCUGUGCAGUGCUCAGACUGCGGCUGCAGUUUCAGCCAGACACAGCCUGACUCUGACUCUGAUUCAAAGGUAGCCACUGCUAAACAGCAGCAUACUGUGCACAAAGCAGACAGCCCUUCAAAAUGUCAAGCCUGUCAGGAAGGAAGCAGCCUCCCCAAUGGUCGACGCCCACACCGGCGCAUGCGCCUGGAUCCUCACAGCUGCAGCGUCUGCUCCAAAACGUUCAUAUCGUCUGCCCACCUGACCCUUCACCUCUCCUCCCACAACAAAGAGAGGAAGUUCAGAUGCAGCACCUGCGGGAAGUACUUCCACCAGUCGUCCCACCUGAUGGCACACAAGUUAAUCCACAGCGGGGACCGGCCGUUUAAGUGCCCGGAGUGUGGCAAGACCUUCGGCCGUGCCUCACACCUGAAGACCCACCGCCGGCUCCACACCGGCGAGAAGCCCUUCAAGUGCACCUACUGUGACAAGUCGUUCACACAGAAGGCCGGGCUCCUCGCACAUGUGCGUCUGCACACAGGAGAGCGGCCGUACAAGUGUGAGCAGUGUGGUGAGGGGUUUCGGCAUCUGUCUGCCCUGCUCACUCACAAGGCACAAGAGUCGUCUGGGCAGGCAAAACCAGCUCCAGCUCCAGCGACCUCUCAGCCCCAGCAGACACAAAGUAGCUCAGAGGAUCUGAAGUGUGGUGUCUGUUGCCGCACCUUCGUACGGUCAUCAUACAUAAGGCUGCACAUUCGCCUCAAAAAAGGACAAAGGCCUUAUCAUUGCAAAGUGUGCAACAAAACCUUUGUCAAGCUGGACACCUUUGUGAACCACUGUGAUAAACACUUGAGGCAGAAACGUGAUAAAAACAAAGUCAAAGACAGAGUUGUUAAACCUCCUCUGUUUGUGCCGCUCUCCAGGCCUUCUUCUCCAGAGUCCUCACCCCCUCAGCCUCUGUCCUCAGAGGUCAACACACGCUCCAGAGCUAAAGCCAAGAUUAAAACAGAGCCUUGAGCAAGAGGAGGGAAAGUCAUGUUUAAUGUCUUUAUAAAAAAGAAUGCUUCAACUGUUGGUGGUAAAACAGAUGAAAGUCACGUUUACAAAUUCUAACAGAAAGGGACAAAAAGCUAAUUUGUAGUUAAAUUAUUCUGAAAAAAGUUGUAGUUUUAUUCUAAGAAUUGUAUCACAAAUGAUUAUUUAUCUUUGCAAGCACUAAAAUGGUGUAUUUAAUGUACAUUGAACCUUCAUAUUAUAAUGAAGGGUUUAUGUUGUUUCCUUAAUUCCAAGUCUUUUGACAUUUAAAGCACGUGUAUAAAGUACAAACUGUAAAUACAAUGCAUAUUGUCCAACAAAAAAAUGCACAGAGUAAAAUGAACAUAAAAGCUUAAUGUGGGGGAUAUUUAUUAUGUUGCACUUUGAGACAAAUAUCUGUUAACACGCUGUUGUAUGAACAUUUCUGUAAUGCCCUCCUAGCCCAGUUAGCAUUUGAGUCAAAGUGACAUUAAUUCUCCCAAAAUAACUUUUAGCUCUUAACUUCUGUGUUCGUCUCCUUUGUAACAUUGCUCGUGGUAUGCUGAAUCACCUGGGGUUGUAAUGUAAAGGCUUUAACUCUGUAAGUCUACAUGUGCUGCCAGAUGAGCUGUUACUGGACUGUCACACUGUUUUCCAGAUCAGCAGCUGAUACCUCACAGACCCAGAGCUGAAAUGCAUUUCUGCAGCUCCACAUGCAGAUGGAGCAUCUGUCACCUCCACAGAGGAAAACUCUUUGUACCGACCUAUGGACAGAGAAAAAACAAAAAAAAGACAGUAAGGGCUGAGAGGUGAAGUCAGGACUAUUUAAGGGUCGUAUGUGUAAAGCAGAGUCACACUGCAAAAGAAUGAAACAUAAAAGUGUAAUUGGAUAAGAUCAAUGCAACACUAAUUAUAAGGUAAAAAAAAAAGGGUAGAUGAGAUGUUUGCCUUGCAGUUUUCUGUUUCCUCUGUGCUGCCGUUAAUGUUCGAAUGCAGGGUGAUGGUCAUAUGGUGUCUCCACACGGGAUUCCUGUGCAGGACAACGCUUCCACUGAUGGACUCCCCUGCACACACGCUUACUGGGUUGUCAAGCAUGAAGAGAGUCUGCUUCCAGUGUGUAGGCCUGAAGAGGAAUUUUAAAAAUCAUGCAGUGAAGGUUUUGACUUUUUCAAACUUUGAAAGGCAUUUGCUAUAAAGUCUAAAGUUUAUGUAUGUCUGCCUCACUCAUUUUGAUUUAUUGAAUUAUAUGUAUAGGCAUGUAAACAUUGCACUGCUGUCACUGAAUAAACUAUCCUUUAUUCAUGU